AGAGCUACUUUUGUUCUCUGAUGGUGCGCUUCUGCUGCUUUAGUGAACGUGGUCUCCGUACGUUAGCGAGAACCUGGGUGCCCCGACAGUCAUAAGCUGAUAGUGAUGAGAAGUACGUGAAGAGUGGAAGGAAACAAAGCCCGCAGCAAUGGACGCUAAGGUUUACACAUCAAAAGCCAACCCCAAGGCGACGGCAAACCCUGUCUCAAAGCUCUUCGUGUGGUGGAUGCGGGAGCUCGUGUGGAAGGGGGACCUUACAGAAGACGACCUGGUCGUCCGCCUCGACUGCGACGCCACGGAGCAUCUGGGAGACAGGCUGCAGAAGUCAUGGGAUGAAGAACUUACACGGGCCAAAGAGAAGGGCAGCAGACCCAGUUUAGCGAGAGCUAUUGUAAGGACAUUCUGGUUGCGCUAUUUUACCUACGGAGUCCUAUACCUUUUCGACCAAGUCAUCCUCAGAGUCGCGCAGCCGUUGCUCCUGGGGAUGGUUAUUCAAUACUUCAGCCCAGACAGCGACAUUUCGCAGCAGGAAGCCUACCUAUACGCCAGCCUGAUGGUGGUCAUCAACUUCGUGAUGAUGUUCUGCCAGCACCACUACAACAUGCUGACCACCUACGUCGGCAUGAGAGUCAGGGUUGCCUGCUGCUCUCUCAUUUACAGAAAGGUGCUGCGCAUCAACAAGCAGUCGAUGGACGCCACUGCCACCGGCCAGGUGAUCAACCUGAUGUCCAACGACGUGGCGCGCUUCGACGUGGCGUCGAUAUACGGCAACUUCCUUUGGCUGAGCUUCCUGCAGCUGGCACUCGUCACUUACUGCUUGUACCGCUACGUGUCCUGGGCUGCCUUCGCCGGCGUCGUCUACGUCGUUCUCAUGACAGUGCCGCCACAGACGUACAUGGGGAGACUGUCAGCGCGGUUCCGCAAGCGAGUGGCCGUCCGCACUGACGAGAGGAUGCGCAUGAUGAACGAGCUGGUGCAGGGCAUACAGGUGGUCAAGAUGUACGCCUGGGAGAGGCCCUUCGCCAAGCUAGUGGCCACGGCCAGGAAGUCUGAAGUGCACAAGCUGUUACACGCAGCCUACCUCAGAAGCUUUCUUUUGGCAUCGGCCGUCUUCAUAGAGAGGUCCUCUCUCCUCGUCACAUUACUGGCAUACUUCUUGGGUGGCAAAAUUGCAGGUCCUGAUCAGAUAUUCGCAAUGGCUCGUUUCUACAAUGUCCUCAACGCUUCCUUAGCCAUUAUGUUUCCCAUGGGCAUUGCAACAGUACAAGAGGCCCGAAUUUCUGUCCGCCGUAUCGAGGAGUUCCUGUUGAAGCCCGAGUCCACAACCGAGGCCGCCAGCGUAGGAGGAGCACGCGGGGACGUCUCCUUGCAGCACGUGACCGCCACGUGGGACGCCGCGAGUCCCGCUCUGGCCGCCAUAAACCUCAACGUCCCCGCCGGCAAGCUCUGUGCGAUUGUGGGCCCCGUUGGUUGCGGAAAGAGUUCCCUGUUGUACCUGCUGAUAAAUGAGCUAUCUCCGUCGUCUGGAAACCUAAGGAUUGGUGGAAAAGUGUCGUACGCGAGCCAGGAGCCGUGGAUAUUCGUGGGCUCCGUACGGCAGAACAUCCUGUUCGGACAGCCGUACGACCGAAAGAAGUACCAGCGCGUGGUGGAGGUGUGCGCCCUGUCCAGGGACUUUGAGCUGCUGCCGUACGGCGACCAGACGCUGGUGGGUGAGAAGGGCAUCACCCUCAGCGGCGGACAGAGGGCCAGGGUCAGCCUCGCCAGAGCAGUUUAUCGUGAAGCGGAUAUUUACUUGCUUGAUGAUCCCUUAUCUGCGGUCGAUACUCAUGUUGGGAAGCACCUCUUUGAUGAAUGCAUCGCCUCCUACCUGGGAGGCAAGACCAGAAUCCUGGUAACUCACCAGCUCCAGUACGUGCAGGGAGCUGACAACAUCGUGGUGCUCAACAAGGGAAGGAUAGAGCAGCAGGGCAGCUUCGGCGAGAUCCUCCAGAGCGGAGUCAGCUUCUCAAAGCUGCUGAGCAGUUCGGAGGAGGACGGAGGCACGGAUCCAGCGAGUAUGAGGCGCACGGAGAGCACUCGAAGGUCAUCGCUGGCACACGAAAACAAUUUUAAUCGUUCGAUGACUGUUGGAUCUGAGAGGAGUAACAUGAUCACCUACGAGAGAAACACUUCAAAUUCGUCUAAAGUGAACGUGAUUGCUGAAGAGACUGGAAAGCUGCACAGAGAUCCCGCAGAGCAGGACAACAGCGAGAAGGUGCUGGACGCGAAGUUCAGGUGGUCCACCAUCUGGCAGUACUACGGCGCCGCCGGGGGCGUGGGCCCGCUGCUCUCUGUGGUCGCCCUGCUGCUCAUAGCGCAGGUCAUCACCAGCGGCUCCGAUUACGUCGUAACCUACUGGUCUAGUACGGAGGUACUGAGGACGUCCCUGCAGAAGCAGGUGGAAGCCGGCGGCGGCAGCAACCAGACGCUCUCUGAAGAACUGGCGUCGCUGCCGCCCAGCGAGUUCUUCCUGGCGCUGUACGGCGGCCUCGUGCUGGGCUGCAUCCUGCUCAACCAGAUCCGGUCCGUUGCAUUUUUCAUCCUGUCCAUGCGAGCAUCUCGCAGCCUGCACAACACCAUGUUCAACUCCGUACUGAGAGGAGCUAUGCGCUUCUUCGACACGAAUCCUUCUGGCAGAAUACUCAAUAGGUUUUCUAAGGACAUCGGAUCCAUCGAUGAACUGUUACCACAGUUCGUUAUCGUGAUGAUUCAGAUCUACCUUGUGCUCUGCGGAAUUUUGGCCAUGGUCCUAGUGGUGAACUACGUCCUCAUCAUACCCAUGGUCAUAGUGGGUGGAGUAUUCAUUUUUGUGGCUAGACUUUUCAUGUCUACUGGGAGAAGUGUGAAGAGACUUGAAGGCAUCCGUAGAAGUCCCGUAUUUUCUCAUCUCUCCGACACGCUCAACGGAUUGGCAACAAUAAGAGCAUCAAGUAUCCAAGAUGUAGUUAGGAAGGAAUUCGAUGGGCACCAGGACCGCCACACGUCAGCGUGGUUUCUGUAUGUAACGAACGCAUCUGCACUCGGCAUAUGGUUGGACUUACUUAGUAGCAUUUUCGCUACUAUCGUCACCUUCAGCUUCUUCCUCCUGUCAGAAGGGUCCUUUGGCGGCUCCGGCGUGGGACUGGCUAUUUCGCAGUCUCUCGUUCUGACCAGCAUGCUCCAGCACGGCAUACUCCAGAUGACUGAGGUUGUCAGCCAGAUCACGUCAGUGGAGAGGGUGCUCGAGUACACCAGAAUUCCGCCUGAAGCUGCUCUGGAGUCUCCACCAGACAAGAAACCACCUGCAACAUGGCCACAGCGAGGGCAGGUCAUCUUCCAAAACAUUUAUCUCAAGUACAGCCAGACGGAUCCUCCAGUUCUCAAGAACCUUAAUUUCACCAUUGAAGCUACACAUAAGGUUGGCAUUGUUGGCCGCACGGGCGCAGGGAAGUCGUCGCUUAUAUCCGCCCUGUUCCGGCUGGCCCCACUAGAGGGGGCGAUCCUGGUCGACGGCGUGGACACCGGCACGCUGGGCCUUCACGACCUGCGGAAGCGCAUCUCCAUCAUCCCGCAGGAGCCCGUGCUCUUCUCGGAGACUCUCCGCUUCAACCUGGACCCGUUCUCGGAGUUUGACGAUGCGAUGUUGUGGAACGCCCUUGAGGAGGUGGAGCUCAAGUCCGGCAUACAGACGCUGGACUUCCAGGUGACGGAGGGCGGCAGCAACUUCAGCGUGGGCCAGAGGCAGCUGCUGUGCCUGGCGAGGGCCAUACUCAGGAACAACAGGAUCCUGGUGCUCGACGAGGCCACCGCCAACGUCGACCCAGAGACUGAUGCUCUCAUUCAGGCUACAAUCCGCAGGAAGUUCAAACACUGUACAGUGCUGACGAUAGCCCACAGACUUAACACCAUUAUGGAUUCUGACAAAGUCCUCGUAAUGGAGGCAGGGACUAUGGUGGAAUACGAUCACCCUCACAUUUUGUUGCAAAAUCCAAGUGGUUUUCUGUCAAAGCUUGUAGAAGAGACGGGCACUGCAAUGGCGGAACAGUUAAAAAAUGUUGCUAAAGAGAGCUACGCUGAGUUAACUGCUACAACAGAAGAAACAAAGAAUGAGCAGAUUACAAAACUUUGAAGUUCCGUCAGCGUGCCUCAUCGUAACUACAGUGCCUUGCUGGGGGAGCUGAAGCAAAAGCAUUUCUCAGUGUAAAUGUUCUUGUAAGCAACUGUGAUAUUAGUGAAUGAGAAACAAUACUAGUUAUUACUUGUUACAGACAGUGAGUCAUGCCGAUAACGUCCUAACCAAUAACCAACGUUUGCAUGAAAGAAAGUAAUAAAUAAAGAAUUCUCAGAAAUGGCUGUGACAUAUGUUGUUUUCAUGCAACUUAUAAAAUGUGCUUUCUGUAAGCGAUGCGUCUAUGUGUGGAUUGACACUGCGACCAAAAGUUCUAUAAUUGUAACUGAGUUCUGACAAUGGGUUCACCUAUUUCACGUGUUAAACACACAAACUUCCGUCUGAGAAUUAUUUCUUUCUUCGCUAUUUAGUAACUAAUUGCAUUAUCUUUCUUGUUUCACAAAAAAAGUUACCAAGAACGUACACACAUACUGCACACCCGCUUAAAUUUACAGUGUUCUUAACUAUUUAUUUUUCAACACUAUAAAUGCUUUGUUAUUGUUAUCACUUCAGCCACUACUAAUCGUGUCACAGAGAAUGGUAGGAAUGGAGAGUGGCUGGAGUUUGUGUGUGUGUGUGUGUGUGUGUGUAACCCUUAACAAAUUUUAAACAUAUUACUAACAAAACAGAAUUGAAUAAAUCAGAUUGCAUGAGUAAAGGUAAAGCACAAGGAAACUGAUCAUUACUUAAUCUACAAGUACAUAUUAAUUUAAUUUCUAGUACACGUAGACAGCGUAAGUGGGCUGCUCCUGUGUUGGCAGCGCUGUGUAGCACUUUGCAUUGGACCUCUGACGGCGCUUUCUUUGUAAGAGACUCUGUGGCUGGUCGGACUCGUUGUUGGAAGUUAAUCGCCAGUAGUGUUGGGUAGUUGGAAGUUAGUCGCCAGAAGUGAUGGAAGUACUGUUGGGCAGUUGAAGGUGAACAGCCAGCAGUGAUGGAUGUUAAAUGUGAGAUGUUAGCAUUGAGGGAGGGUAGAGGUCUGAAGUGUUAGCGCAGGCUAACGAUCUGGAAGUAUCCGACUUGGAGAUUGGAAAUUAUUCAUGGUUCUGUAUCCUUGUACUGGAUGUCAAUGACGAUUUAUAUUCGUGUUUGGACUGGAUGUCACAUUAUUAAAGUAAAAAAUACAUUA